AGAGAUCGUCUGAAUCAACACUCUUGACACUCUCACUCACAUGGCUCUCUCCUCCUCCCCCAAGGGAAUUCUAAUACCCAUACCCGUAUUGGUGCUCUCCGCUGCCGCCGCCGCCGUCUUCCUCUUCUUCCUCCUCUCUUCUUCAUCGCCGACCUCCUGUUCUUGUCCCACCACCGCUUCCCCUGCCGUCGUCCAAACUACUGGGCAUCAACAACGGAUCUUGACGACGGAGGAGGAUGUAGAGUGGGUGAAGUCUCAGAUCGAACUGAAUGGACUGCAUAUGCAAGACAAUGUGCUCCGCAAGGGCAUUAAUCCUCGUACUCGUGCUCAGCAGCUUCAAGAUUUGAUCCAGUACAAAGGCAUAUCACAUUACGAGCAAGAGGAGGCAAAGAACCACACAGCUUUUCCUUGUCCAGGUGAACUCCUUGUAGAAGAGCACCACAGUAACUAUGGUGAGCCCUGGGCUGGUGGGAGAGAUGUAUUUGAGUUCCUUGCAGCUUCUUCUCGUUUGAUUCCAGAAUCACGUGUUCUUGAGAUUGGAUGUGGCACGCUUCGAGUUGGCUUGCAUUUUAUUCGUUACUUGAUGCCGGAACACUUCCAUUGUCUCGAGAGGGAUGAGCUCUCUCUUAUGGCUGCAUUUAGGUAUGAACUUCCUGCUCAAGGUUUAUUAUAUAAGCGUCCUUUGAUCAUGAAAGGUGAAGAUAUGGAUUUCGUCAGAUUUGGAUCUGGAUUCAUGUAUGAUUUAGUUUAUGCUAGUGCUGUAUUUCUUCAUAUGCCUGACAAGCUUGUGUGGGUCGGAUUAGAGAGGUUAGUUAGUCAAUUGAAACCUUUGGAUGGAAGAAUAUUUGUGUCGCACAACAUUAAGUUCUGUUCGCGAUUGGGAGGAGAUGAGUGUACUAAGAGACUCAAAAGUCUAGGGCUUGAAUAUAUGGGAAAACAUACACAUGAUAGUCUACUCUUCAAUCAUUAUGAGAUCUGGUUCGAGUUUAGAAGGUUUAUAGCAUAAAUCCUAUGAAUCAAAGCUUCUUGAAUUGAUUUCUAUAUUUUUCUUGCAAGCAGUCAAGAUGUGACUGAAGAACCACUGUAAACAUGUAAUGUUAGGCCAAUCCUGAUUCUUAUGGUGAUGUUUGCCAUAUUGUAAUUUGGUUUCUUUUGUUUAGAGAUACCUUAUAAAUGUUCGACCUCCCUUACGGUUCCAAUAUAGAUUUCGAGGUGAGGAGGAUGUUAUUUCUAGCAGCGUUUGUAAUUUUUAAUUCUUUCCACGAAAACGAAUAUGCACUUGUAUUACCAUUUCUGAUUUGGUGAGAAUAUUGUAUAAUGAAACACACAUUGCU